UAAUUAAACAUUGGCAAAUGUCUUUACUGCACAUUGCGUUUCACCUAUGAUUUCUAUGGAUUUGUGUUAUUACUGUUCGUCACACACGACUUGAGAUCCAAUUUGUUUUGGUUCUCUUUAUAUAUGCUUUGUCUUUACUAAGCGAACGGUAGUUGUGUAUGUGAUUGCGUAGCUGGUUACUUCACAGAAGCAAUGAUAAACGAUAGACGAGUAUUUUUGUAUAAGAGAGCCAUACACAUAAGUUACAUUUAGAUAAAGGACAGCCAUUGGUUCUGCUGUACCACUUAGUGCUUGUACAGCAAAAAGCGUCAGAGUGUAAUUGCUAUAAUGCACAUAUAAUAUAGAGUAUAGACAAAGGAAAGUCAUGUCAUUAGUACUGAUGUAUAACUUUAUGCUUGUACCACGAAAACCGUCAGAGUGAUUGCUAUAAGUUACAUAUAGACAAUGGAAAGUCAUAGGUACUGCUGUACAAUUUUAUGCUUUUACAACAAAAUGCGUCGGAGUGAUUACUUUAUUGCUAUACCUAUUUAGGGGAAAUCAGCACUCAUGAAUUCUUUCGAUGUUAUAGUCAUUGGUGCUGGUGUAAUAGGAUCUUGUACAGCCUACCAGCUUGCUAAGUUGGACGUUAAAACGUUAAUGAUUGAACAGUUUCCUCUGCCACACACAAGGGGAAGCUCAUGCGGUCAAACAAGGAUGACCCAACGUUCUGAUCGUAAUCCAUAUAGGUCAGAUCUUGUGCCUGAAUCAAUUGCAUUUUGGAAAAGUCUUGAAAAAGAUUAUGGCACGCCUUUGUUAAUAAAAACUGGGCAUUUAGGCAUUUCUGUAUCAGAGGAAUCAAACUAUGCUCUUGAACCGAUCAAAGUACAUAUGAGAAAGUCGAACGUGGAUUACACCGAGAUGCGUGGUCAGGAUAUCGGGAACUCAUUUCCCGGACUUGAUUUUGACUCUCAGUUUGGAGCGUAUUACGUACCAAACGGUUUCAUCUUAAAAGCCACAAAAUGCCUCCAUGCUUUACAGAGUGGGUUCGUGAAACAUGGUGGAACGCUUCAAGAAAAUGAGAAAGUAAUUGAAGUUAAACAUUUAUCAGCGAACAGUGUAAGCAUGCGAACGGAUUCUCAUAAAGUAUAUUACGCCAAGAGUGUUGUUCUUGCUUGUGGACCUUGGAUAAACAAAGUGUUGCGACCAUUGGACAUAGAACUCGAUUUGCAAUCUGUUCGCGUCACCACAUACUAUUGGAGAGAAAAAGAACUUGGGAAGUAUUCCAUUCAUAAUAACUUUCCAACAAUAGUACUUUAUUUUGGAGUCUUUCACGUCUAUUCAACACCUUCCUACGAGUACCCGGGACUUAUAAAGAUAUGCUACCAUUAUCGAGCACCUGUAGACCCAGACGCACCGGAUUUACUAGACAUGGAAAGCGAGAAAGCGGAGGUGGAGCAAUUGGAAACUCUCAAACAAAUAAUUUCCAAGCAUUUUCCACAGCUGGAGUCCGUUCCAGUACUGAGCGAAAAUGCGUUACAGACGGUGACGCCAACUUCGGAUUUUAUCAUAGACAAGUUACCGGGUUUUCCGAAUAUUGUAAUCGGCGCUGGUUUUUCUGGGACGGGAUUCGGACCUGCACCUGCCAUCGGUAGGGCAUUGAGUAAAUUGGCAACUUUCCAGGAUCCUGGUCAAGAUAUGAAAACGUUUGCAUUAGGCUCGAGGCUCAUUUACACAAAAUCAUCUUUAUAAUUUUAAAUUGUUGUGUAUUAAUCAGGAUAAAACCAUUUAUUCGCUUAAAUGUAUUUGCGAAAAUAUCGUAUUUAUAUGACUGUGUCGACUAUAUUUUUCGAUGGUUUAAAAUUAAAUAUUGGCACAUCAAAAACGUAUUUGUUCGUGCAA